AGAGAAAAUGUUAUCUUCACACUAGCCGAAUGCCUGUUCGCAGCCAUUUGGAAUUUGGCGAUUCCAUCGACAGGCUGUUAAGUUCAGCAGAAUAGCGCUACCACAUACCAAACAGUCAUGUUUUUCAUUUUUGUCGGUCACAUUUUGCGGGAAUUUAGUGGCUGAGGAUGCAAUCGAGCCAACAGUUAAUCUAGUGCCUGAUUUUGCAGAAUAACAUCUGCAUAUGCGCCAGAGCGCCGGCGUGUACAGAGAUCUGUGAUUGUAACGCUAAGUUCCAACAAACCGCUCCACGUUCCAAUUUAUUUUGCAUGUUUUCCGGUGGCGUCACCCCGCCAUUACUGCGAUAAAUUUAAGGAAUAUAACAGAGAAAUAUGCAGGCUUCAACGAAAGCAUUGUUUGCAUUUUUCGCACUGUUGGCCGCAGCAACAUUAAUAGGAAUCGGCAUACUGGUAGGCUAUUAUGGAAUACGACACCCUACAGACAGUAUUCUACCUAAACUGCCGGACGAAGAAGUUCGGCAAAGAUUGUUUGCCAAUAUUAAUAGCGAAAAGAUCCGGGAACAUCUCCGAUCGCUGACACGAAAAUCCCAUCCAUCAGGAACAAUUGCCAACGAUGAGGUCGCAGAGUACAUAUACAAUUCUUAUAAGAAUUCUGGACUGGAAGGUGUCCAUUAUGCGAACUAUGAAGUAUUACUAUCGCGUCCCAACGAAACAACACCAAACUCCGUCCAGAUUGUCAAUGCAGACGGUUCACUACUGCUAUCGCUAAAGUAUUGUGAAAACACAAGCGGCACUUUCGAUAAUUCUUAUUUUGCUUACUCUCCCGCCGCAUCUGUCACAGCUGACACCCUCAUCUAUGCCAAUCUGGCACGUGAUGACGACUUUAAACGCCUGAAACAGGAAAACCUGAAUGUAAACGGCAGUGUCAUUAUUGCCCGCUAUGGAGGAUUUCGUGGAGAUCAGGUGAAAAUAGCGGCAAAGUAUGGUGCCAAAGCGGUGAUGUUGUUUUUGGAUCCAUCGGCUGUUGCUCCUUAUGGUAUCAAUGAAUCGCAAGUUUAUCCGAACACACAAUGGAUGCCUGGGUCUGCCAUGGAAAGAGGAUCGGUGUUCUUGGGGAAGGGUGACCCUCAGUCCCAGGGAUUUGUUUCAGAACCUUAUGACAAGCUGACAUACAGGGCACAAUCCGACCCAAAUGAUAUGCCUCAAAUUCCUGCCACACCCAUUGGGUACGAGGACGCUCAACGAUUAUUCGAUCUGAUGCGUGACAGUACAAACAGAAAUCUACCAUCUUCUUGGACGCCUUCGCGAUUCAUGAACUACGCCUAUGGAGGCAAGUUGUCGAAUAAUCGGAAAAUAACCCUUACUACAACCAACUACGAAGUCUCGAAGCGAAUACGAAACGUUAUUGGGCGCAUACAGGGAUGCGAAGAGCCAGAUCGCUACGUCCUUCUGGGAAAUCAUUACGACGCGUGGACAAUGGGGGGAAUCGAUCCUAAUAGUGGAACAGCCGUACUUUUGGAGCUGGCACGAACUGCCGGUGAACUUCGAAAGUCGGGUUUCUGGUGUCCCAGGCGCACAAUCGUCUUCGGUUCGUGGGAUGCGGAAGAAUACGGUCUAAUCGGUUCCACUGAAUGGGUGGAGGAAAACUUACAAAUUCUUCAAGAACGGGCUGUUGCUUACAUUAACGUGGAUGCAGCCGUACGAGGCCGGAUAUCUUUCUGGGCAUUGUCCAUGCCGUUAUUGGAUAAGCUGAUUUACGAGUCGACAAAAUUGGUGCCAGAUCCCCACAAUCUACUAAGCGGUGUUGCCAACCCGUCCGUUUACGACAUUUGGGCCAACACAAGCGGUCGCCCAGAAUCCGGUGGAAUACCAAUAAUGGGCAAAGUGGCGGCCGGGAGUGAUUAUGCUAAUUUUGUUAAUAUGGUGGGAAUCACGUCCGCGGAUAUUAGAUAUGUGGGGGAAAAAUCCAAUCCUGCAUACCAUACCGGUUUUGAAACAUUUGAAUACGUUGAGAGACAUAUUGAUCCUGAUUUUAAGUACCAUGUUGCGGUUGGCCAAGUUUGGAUCGAAAUUGUGCGCGCCCUGGCCGAAUCGGACGUUUUGCCGUUUUCCAUUGUUGAUUUAGCGAGUGAUAUGUAUGCCUCGUGGGAAGUAUUAAAAAACAACAUUGCCAGUCAGCAGCACCCGUUUUCGCAUGAAAUUAAUUUAGGUGCGCUGUCAGAUGCAGUACUGACUUUUGGAAAUUACUCCCAAAAUCUUAACACUCUGUUGGUCAAACUCAAAGGCGACGGUGGAAUGCUUUUGAAAAAUCGUACUCUUGUUAAUGAGGUCAACAACAGGCUUAUGAAGGUCGAACGGAUGUUCGUGGAUCCUUCCGGGCUGCCUAAUCGACCGCUCAUACGUCACAUUCUGCAGGCUCCAGCCAAAGCCAACGCCUAUGGAAGCUCUAGUUUUGCCGGUAUUGCUGACUGUGUUGCUUAUGCCAACGAAGCCAUGGAAAAAGGUGACGAAGGCGGCAGGAAUUAUUGGAUCAAUCAGCUGAAACUCCAUUAUACCAAAGUGGUGCAGAUGGUCAAUCGGGCUGCUCGAUUUUUGGCCGUGCCAGUUAACAAUAACCAUGAAUACACAGAAAGUUUAUCGCGAUAAAAAUCGUGGUUGGUGUUGCAUUGUUAUAAUAGAUAUUUAACAAUAUUAAUUUGUUAUCCGUACUCUGGUACGCGUGAUCUCACGUUACCAUCUUUUUGUUAUAUUUAUCAAGUAUUGGGUGCUUCUCUCGUCUAGCAAUGUUGUGCUUGCGCUAGAAGUGUUGCUGCUUAUGAAUAAAAGAAAGACGAGCGA